AUACUUACGUAGGUUCCUAAUUAUAUGACGUCGUGGUCAUUGUUCUGUUCAUUGUCAUUGCGUCUUUUUAUUGUUCGUGUCCGCGCCGUUCUUGGUAAUAUUCAGAAAGUGUUGCAGAGGUGAUAAGCCGUGUUCAGUGAUAGCGAAGUGACUACAGACCCUAAUUCGUUUGUGAUAGUGGUUCAUCAUACUGAGCUUUCAUGAUUGGAUUACCGCGUAGCGAUAGAGAUCGAAUAACGGUGAAAAUUCGUAACAUGAAAAGAAGUUCGUCGAGGGAUAGUAUGCCCCGUUCGAAGCGGACGCGUAGUAGCAUAGGCAGGUACGAUGACAGCUCCGACGAGCGCGUCACUCCAGAAAGGGUGCGGCGUAGAGUUCGUUCGCCAAGCCCUCGAGGCAGGUACGUCUCCCCGCAUCGUGAUGACUAUGUCCGUUCGCGUGAAUUGAGAGAAGAAUCUGUGCGUUCUUACUAUAAGGUCCUCUGUGUUAGUGCUCUUCACCCGAAGGCAUCAGAUGAAAUAGUCAAAGAUACUUUGUACAGAGAAUACAAGAAAUUCGGCGAUUUCAGUAUUAAAAUUUCACAUGAAUUGGAUGAACGUGUUGCUUAUGUAUGCUUCCGUAGUGCUGAGGACGCGAAGGACGCCAAACACGCGAAGCCAAGAAUUAUUCUUUAUGAUAAAGUUGCUAUAGUUGACCCUGUGUAUGAACCAGUCAGGUCAGAAUACAGGAGUAGGCCAAGGAGUAUUACCCCACCGGACUAUGACCGUCCAUAUUCUUAUACUUGGUCUCCAGUACCAGAAAGGCGUCGACCUCCACCAGAUGAUAGAGCAUAUGGUAUACCUCCAAGUGUCCCACCUCAUCAUAGGGAUUUCCGACCUCCAAUGCAUGAAUACCCAAUGCCAGGUCCUCAUGGGCCUCCAAUGCAUCACAGACCACCCAUGCAUCAUCCUCCACAUCCACACUACAUGCCACGUCCAUAUAUGCCUCGUCCCCAUCAUCCACAUUUUGAAAAAAUGGAAAACAAAAAAGAUAAAUUCCCUAAUUAUUUGCACCAUGUACAACCAGAAGAUGACCCACUAGCUACCAGAACUCUUUUUGCUGGUAAUUUAGAAAUAAACAUAUCUGAUGAGGAGCUCCGGCGCAUAUUUGGUCGUUAUGGUAUUGUUGAGGAUAUUGAUAUAAAAAGACCGCCUCCAGGCACAGGUAAUGCAUUUGCAUUUGUACGGUAUCAGACAUUAGACAUGGCACAUCGGGCUAAGGUGGAACUUUCUGGUCAAUAUAUUGGUAAAUUUCAAUGUAAAAUAGGUUAUGGUAAGGCUACACCUACUACACGAGUGUGGGUGGGUGGCCUUGGUCCUUGGACAUCUGUAGCACAAUUAGAAAGGGAAUUUGAUAGAUUUGGGGCUAUUAAAAAAAUAGAGUAUGCAAAAGGUGAAGCUCAUGCAUACAUUUUGUAUGAUUCAAUAGAUGCUGCUCAGGCUGCUGUAAAAGAAAUGAGAGGAUUUGCCCUUGGUGGACCUGAUAGGCGUCUUCGUAUUGAUUUUGCUGAUGUAGGAAAUGGUGCACCAUAUAGACCUAAGACAUAUGUACCUCCUGUAGGUGAAGAUGGCAGGCCAGUUGAGGGUUAUGAAGGGUAUGAGGGUACAUGGGAAGAUGGUUAUAGCUAUGGUGCAGGUUACAGGGGUAGGGGUGGACAUAGAGGUCGUGGACGUGGCAUGUACAGGGGUAUGUAUCAUGGGACUGCUGAAUACCGUGAUGAAGAAUGGAGGAGGCCACCAGUUGACAGUGAAUAUGAGGGUCGUUUGCGUCGAUCUGGAUCAAGAGAACCUGGUGUGGACAGAUCCCGAUCACGAUCUCUCCGUCGUAGGACCCCUGACAGUGAUUCUGAUGGUUCACCCAGGAGAAAUGGUGGUAUGCUUGCCUCAGCCAGGACACUUCCAGAAGUAGUUCGUAGAGCCACCACAAUCUGGAAUGGUGCUUUGAUCCUUAAAAACUCCUUAUUCCCAACUAAAUUCCAUCUAACAGAUGGAGAUUCGGAAAUUAUUGACAGUCUUAUGAAAGAUGAGGAUGGUAAAAAUCAAUUGAGAAUUACUCAGAGACUGCGACUUGACCAGCCCAAACUGGAUGAUGUACAGAAGCGCAUAGCCACAUCGAGUUCACAUGCAAUAUUCUUAGGAGUGGCCGGCUCAACUGCAUCCAUUACAAAUGAUGACACAACCAUUCAAACUAGACCCAUGAGAAACUUGGUAUCAUAUUUGAAACAGAAAGAAGCAGCUGGAGUGAUAUCCCUCUUGAAUAAAGAGACGGAGGCCACUGGAGUUUUGUACUCAUUCCCUCCAUGUGAGUUUUCAACUGAACUGUUAAAAAGAACAUGCCACAACUUGACUGAGGAAAGUUUAAAGGAGGAUCACCUGGUUAUAGUGGUUGUGCGAGGUGGUUCAGCAUAAAGUUUGCAUAAUUUAUUUUAGUUAUAUUUUUGAGUUUACAAUAAUUAGUCUUAAGUCUUUAGUAUUUCCCAUAGUUUACAGAUAAUUUCUAAUUUAAUAUGUGAAUGUGUAGUGAUGUGGGUGAUUGUAAACAUAGUUGAGUGAUGUAUUACACACUGUGCAAAUCUUGUGGUAACCCACAAUUGUAGUGUAUUGUUAUUACAAAUAAAAAUAAGUAAUGAAUUAAUAUCUGCUAGCAUCAACAAUCAUUAAAAUUAAAUAAGUGUAUAUUUAUUUGUUAUGAUUAUACUGACUUUAUAGUGUACACAAGUGUAUGUUAGUAGUGUUAGGUGAUGUGUAGUGAGAGUGCACUUGUAAAUAGAGUAUUUUAUCUGA